AUGGGUCGCCUGGUGCUGCCGACCCCUCUCCCCGCCUCGGCCCCGAGCGGUGCGGGGUGCUGCCCUUCGGUCAACGAUGCUUCUCCUCUUCUUCCUCCUGCCCUGGCGUCUCGCGCAGCCCCGAAGCCGAAGCGACAGCGCCUGGAAGCUGUUAAGAAGCUCAGUUUUGGUGCGGAUGAUGAGUUGGCUCCUGAUGUCCUCUGGGAUGCUGGCACGUUUGCGCCCGGCCCAGAGGCACCUCCCCAGACUGCCAGAACCAACCUUCGCUCGGUCCACCUGGAGAUGAGUGGCAUGGCCCCGCUGCAGACCACGCCGCCCUCCGAGAAGAAGCGGGUCCUCAAGCGGCCACCGAUCCUGGAGGACUACAUCAACGUGACAUCCACCGAGGGCACCAGGGUCUUCAUGGUUGUGAGGGAUGAUCCCUCCAGGAUGGGGGUGGAGCUCCCUGAUUCCCUGGGCUGGAACGCACGCAGGCCGCUCCACUUGCUGGGGGUGCCUUUCUCCUACCUGAAGGAACAAGUAGAUGAAGAGCGUCGAAGGCGUGUUCUGGAGGCGUCGCAGCAGCUGACGGAGAUAAUAAACAGUUGCCUCGAGAGCGAAACCAGCGCCGAGAGCCCGGAGCCCAGCGGGGAAGCGGAGCCGGCAGACGAGGAGGAGUCUGCGCUGCAUUGCCUCUGGGUGGACAAGUUUACUCCCCGGCGCUACAUGGAGCUGCUCAGCGAUGAUUACACGAACCGCUGCCUUCUGAAGUGGCUCAAGCUCUGGGACACGGUGGUGUUCGGGAAGGAGAAGGCUGUGAAGAAGGCCAAGCCCAGCGCUGAGGCUCAUCCUCCAUCCAACCAGCCCAAGGAGCAGCAGAAUAAAUGGAAAACGAAGGUCCAGCUCACAGAGGAGAUUCUGGAGGCUGAGCUGGACCAGCACAAGAGACCCAAAUACAAGGUAGCCCUGCUCUGUGGCCCGCCGGGCUUGGGAAAGACCACGCUGGCCCACGUCAUCGCGAAGCACGUGGGGUACAACGCCGUCGAGAUGAACGCCAGUGACGACCGCAGCCCCGAGGUUUUCAAAACCCGCAUCGAAGCUGCCACCCAGAUGAAGUCUGUGCUGGGUGCCAACGAGAAGCCCAACUGCCUGAUCAUCGAUGAGAUAGACGGCGCGCCCGCAGCAUCUAUCAACGUGCUGCUAAACAUCAUCCACCGUAAGGACGGGGAGGGCGAGGCGGCGGCUGGCGCGGGCCGGAGGAGGCGGCGCGAGGGCGGGCUGCUGCUAAGGCCCAUCAUCUGCAUCUGCAACGACCAGUACGUUCCUGCCCUCCGGCCGCUGCGGCAGCAAUCGUUCCUGCUAAACUUCCCUCGGACAGCGCCGUCCCGGCUCGCCCAGCGGCUCUGCGAGAUCGCCCUGCGGCAGGGCAUGCGGGCGGACACGGGCGCGCUGCUGGCGCUGUGCGAGAAGACGGAGAACGACAUCCGCUCCUGCAUAAACACCCUGCAGUUCCUGCACGGCCGAGGCCAGAAGGAACUGAGCGUGCAGAUGGUGCAGACGAUGAAGAUCGGCUUGAAGGACCAAAACAAGGGGCUCUUCUCCAUCUGGCAAGAUAUCUUCCAGCUCCCAAGGGUCCAAAGGCACAGGAUAGGGAUGGACCCCGCUUUGCCAACCCAGCUCCUGGUGGGCGAUGAGGACCUGUCGCACCUCAGGGGGACGGCUGGCUUCAACGCAUCCUCCCACCGCUUCCACCACAUCCUGCACCUCGCCAUCUCCUCGGGGGAGCAGGAGAAGCUCGCACAGGGUCUGUAUGACAAUUUCCUGAACAUGAAGCUGCGGGACUCCAGUUUCGGCUCGGUGUGUUUGGCCCUGGAGUGGCUGGGCUUCUCCGACCUGCUGAGCCGCGCUGUCCUGCACGGGCAGAGCUUCCAUCUGAUGCGAUACGUGCCUUUCCUGCCCGUGGCUUUCCACCUGCUCUUCGCGGCCACCAGCAUCCCCCGGCUCGCUUAUCCCAGCAGCCAGCACGAGGCCCUGGCCAAGCUGAACCACAUGCAGAACCUUGUCAUGUCCAUGGUGUCGGGGAUAACGCCCAGCGCCCGCAGCCGCGCGGGGCAGCAGUCUCUUGUCUUGGAGGUCCUCUGCCUGCUGCUGGACAUCAUCGCCCCGAAGCUCCGACCGGUGAACACGCAGCUCUACAGCCUGAAGGAGAAGCAGCAGCUGGCAGACCUCAUCAGCACCAUGCUGGCCUACAACCUCACCUACCACCAGGAGCGCCUGCCCGAGGGCCAGUACGUCUACAAGCUCGACCCGAACGUGGAGGACGUCUGCCGGUUCCCGGACCUGCCGGCUCGCAGGCAGUUGACCUACCAGGCCAAGCAGCUCAUCGCCAGGGAGAUCGAGCUGGAGAAGAUGAGGAGGACGGAGGCUUUGCUGCAGGCGCGAAACCUGGGCGAGGAGCCCGGGAAUGGCCUCGGCGAGGCAAGGGAGCGAGCGGACGCGGGGCCGGCGGGGUGGGUGGCCCCCAACCACCAGCAACGCCUGGAGCACAUUGUCCGGAGGGCGGCGGUGGAGGACAAGCCUGAGACCGACUUCUUCGGGCGGCCGCUUCGGCGGCAGUGGGCGGCCGCGGCCCCGGCCCCUCAGGCCUCCGAGGACAAGUCGGUCGAGAGCCAGAUGGGAAAGGCCGUGGGGAAGAGCGACGUCUGGUUCCGGUUUAACGAAGGGGUUUCCAAUGCCGUCAGGAGGAAUAUCUACAUCAAGGACCUGCUCUAGGCAGGGCAGAGAUGAAGCCCGGGAAAUUAUAUAGGUGGAACUGAAGGGAAGGCUGACUUGACUUCCUAACCCAUGGAUGGGGGGUGUGUGCAUGAUCCUGGU